UCAGUUUAUUUUAUUUUUUUAAAAGGCAUCUGUUAUAGAAAACAAAAGGUACAUUGUUUAGAAUAAGAAAAAAAAGAUUUUCUUGAUUCGUGUAGAAUUUUAAAAACAAAACUUCAUUAUCCAACGGUGUUGAGAGGUAGUAACAAGAAUUAAAUUGUGGAAUCAAGCGUGAUGCAUUUUAAAGAAAUUUUGUUGUUAUAUUAAAACAUUUUGGAGAAGGAGAACAACACCAUCAUGCUCGUAGUAUUUUAUUUCGUAAAUAUUUUUCUGGGUGUUAGUAUCGUGUGUGAUAAAAAUGAAACCUCCACCGCCACCACUAUUAAAACAUCAGUUGUAUCUUUUCCUUCAAAAACACCACUUGCAAGUCCUACAGCGUCGACGCAUGCUUCGUCAUCAGUCAAAAUAUCUGCGUCGCUUUCAACAUCUACUACAACAUUUUACAGUAAAAGCGUAGCACCGGCAUCAUCAAGACAAACCUGGACGUCAAGUGUUCCACCAACAGUACCAGCAAUAACCACUACACCGGAAAAAAAACACGAGGAAAAGCGAAGCGGUCGCAGAUUUGACACUGGAUCGUUUAUUGGCGGAAUGAUCUUAAUGGGGGCUUUGAUCAUAAUCUUUUUCAUCGUGCGGAAAUUCUGGAGGGGUCGACCUAAUUACGGAAAAUUAAAUUAAAAAAAAUAAAAUAUUUUUUGUCCUUGUUAGGGCUUUAUCACUGCACUUUUUCUCAUGCAGAAAACGUUCUCAGAAGAACUGCACUUUAUGCAGUGAAUCCUAAAUUCUGUUAUAAAUAUAAUAUUGUUUGUAGAAUUUUUAUUUAAAUUUUAUGCACUUGUGUUAUGCUUGUAAAGCUAAAGAGGCGAAUGUUGUGUUCUUUCUAUAAACUUGGUGCGCAGUUCUUUUCAGUCUAAAUGAUAAAUUGACGGGUGUAUGCGUCAUAGUUAAUUAGGCUUCGUAUUUUUGGUAAAUAUUUAUUUUUUAAUUUUAUGGUGUUUCGAAAAAAAAUACAAUGUUGCGUUAGAAUUGUACAGUUUAUUAUGACAGUAUCAUCCCAUCUUAUAUUGUGGUCAGUGCA